GAGUCUGCGGACUUCACCACAACACCAGCCAGCCCGGUUAGAUCGCGGUACACUCACCCCUUUCCCAUGCUUGUGUCCUGUCCCCAUCCCCCGCCCCCCAGGAAGCCCACCGAGGUGGAGUGGCGGUACACAGAAGAGGGCGAGCGGGUCCGUGUCUCCCUGAGGACCGGCAGGAUCAUCCCCCAGCCCCCCGUGCCGAGGGAGGAUGGCAUCGUCCCAGAGCAGUGGACAGACGGCCCCAAGGACACCUCUGUGGAGGCCGCCCUGGAGAAGACCUACGCGCCCUCCUUGAAGACGUUCCAAGAGGAGAUCAUGGAGCUGCAGGGGAUCGUGGAGCCACGCCGCUUCCGGAAAUCCUACUGGUACUGAUGCCUCCGCGGCCAGCUGGACAGUGGGGACCUUGGAAGGUUCUGGCCGUGGGAGGCAGCCUCCCGAAGGCGGAUCGUCCAGCCGACAGGGACAGCCUGGCAAAGUGGAACUGUUUUCUUUUGGCAGCGCAGCGGGAUCAGCUGUGCUCUGGGGUGAAAGGUUCUCUGGUCUUUUGAAAUAAAAAUAAGCAAGA